CUCGUGCCUACGCUGUGGAAGGGAGAAGAUGCCGCUGCCGUUUGGACUCAAGUUGAAACGCACCCGGCGCUACACGGUGUCCAGCAAGAGCUGCCUGGUGGCCCGGAUCCAGCUGCUUAACAAUGAGUUCGUGGAGUUCACGCUGUCCGUGGAGAGCACCGGCCAGGAGAGCCUGGAGGCGGUGGCCCAGAGGCUGGAGUUGCGCGAGGUCACUUACUUCAGCCUCUGGUACUACAACAAGCAAAAUCAGCGCCGCUGGGUGGAUUUGGAGAAGCCUCUGAAGAAGCAGCUGGAUAAAUGCGCCCUGGAACCCACCGUGUACUUCGGAGUGCUGUUUUACGUGCCUUCCGUCUCGCAGCUGCAGCAGGAGACGACUAGGUAUCAGUAUUAUUUGCAGCUGAAGAAGGAUAUCUUGGAAGGAAACAUUCCUUGUACAUUGGAACAAGCUAUUCAGCUGGCAGGCUUGGCUGUUCAAGCCGAUUUUGGUGACUUUGAUCAAUAUGAAUCCCAGGACUUCCUUCAGAAAUUUGCCUUGUUUCCGGUGGCAUGGCUGCAAGAUGCGAAAGUCCUGGAAGAAGCAACCCAGAAAGUGGCCCUACUACAUCAGAAAUACAGGGGCCUCGCCGCUCCCGACGCUGAGAUGCUCUACAUGCAGGAAGUGGAGACGAUGGACGGCUACGGCGAAGAGAGCUACCCGGCCAAGGAUAGCCAAGGAAGUGAUAUAUCCAUCGGAGCAUGUCUCGAAGGAAUCUUCGUGAAGCACAAGAAUGGGAGGCCCCCUGUGAUAUUCAGGUGGCAUGACAUCGCCAACAUGUCCCACAACAAGUCCUUUUUUGCGUUAGAGCUGGCCAGCAAAGAGGAGACCAUCCAGUUUCAAACUGAAGACAUGGAAACAGCCAAAUACGUGUGGAGAUUGUGCGUCGCGAGACACAAAUUUUACCGACUAAACCAGUGUAACCUGCCAACCCAGCCUGCCACAGUGAACCCCAUUCGCAGAAGGUCCUCCUCCAGGGUGUCUCUGCCUAAACCCCAGCCCUACGUGAUGCCACCCCCGCCGCAGCUGCAUUACAACGGGCACUACCCAGAGCCGUAUGCUUCCUCCCAAGAUAACCUCUUUGUACCCAGCCAGAACGGCUAUUACUGUCACUCCCAGACAAGUCUGGAUAGAGCCCAGAUGGACCUGAAUGGCCGCAUCCGCAACGGCAGCGUCUACAGCGCGCACAGCACCAACUCCCUGAAUAACCCUCAGUCCUUUCUGCAGCCCUCCCCGAUGUCCUCCAACCCCAGCAUCACGGGGAGCGACGUCCUGAGACCCGACUAUGUCCCAUCCCAUCGCCACAGCGCCCUGAUCCCACCCUCGUACCGGCCGACCCCGGACUAUGAGACUGUCAUGAAGCAGCUCAACCGGGGCCUGGUGCACGGGGACCGACAGAGCCACUCCUUGCGAAACCUCAGCAUCGGCAACUCGUCUGCGUACAGCAGGCCCGAUGCCCUGGUCUACAGCCAGCCCGAGAUCCGUGAUCACGCACACUUGGCCUCACCGCAGUCGGCCCACUACCCCUUCAAUCUGAAUUACAGCUUCCACAGCCAGUCUCCCUAUCCCUAUCCCGCUGAGCGGAGGCCAGUGGUGGGGGCGGUCAGUGUGCCUGAGCUGACCAACGUGCAGCUGCAGGCCCAGGAGUACCCGGCUGCAAACAUCAUGAGGACCCAGGUGUACCGGCCGCCACCCCCAUACCCAUACCCCAGGCCUGCCAAUAGCACCCCAGACCUGUCUCGCCACCUCUACAUCAGCAGCAGCAACCCGGACCUCAUCACCAGGCGCGUCCACCACUCAGUGCAGACCUUCCAGGAGGACAGCCUGCCUGUGGCUCACUCCCUGCAGGAGGUCAGCGAGCCGCUCACGGCCGCCAGGCACGCCCAGCUGCACAAGAGGAACAGCAUUGAGAUAGCAGGGCUGAGCCACGGCUUCGAUGGCCUGAGACUCAAGGAGAGGACCAUGUCGGCCUCGGCUGCAGAUGUGGCCCCGCGGCCCGUGGCCUCCCAGCCCAGCAUCCUCACUGCGAGCACGAAGCAAGAGGAGCCCGAGGGCUUGAGGUACGGCCAUCACAAGUCUCUCUCGGAUGCCACCAUGCUGGUACAUAGCAGUGAGGAGGAGGAGGACCCUGAGGAACUAAGCAAGGCCCAGGCUGGCCUCCCUGCAGGUGUGCAGGGGCCCCGGCAACAGGGCGGCUACUCCCAGGAGCCACCACGGAGCUGUCUGUGUGCCCCGGCAGGCCCCCUUGGCGGCCCUCUGCACAUCCUGGAGCCUAAGCCCCAUGUCCCAGAGACAGAGCCAAGGGUGGGGGACACGAGCCCCAUCUCCAGGACAGCUGAUACCCAGCGGCUCAGGAGGGACAGCUUGCUCACAUCCUCCAUGUCGGAGUCCGACCUCACCACGUCGGGUAGAUACCGCGCCCGGAGGGACUCGCUCAAGAAGAGGCCAGUGUCGGACCUCCUGUCUGGGAAAAAGAAUGUCGUGGAGGGCCUCCCACCACUGGGGGGAAUGAAAAAGACUCGAGGUGAUGCAAAAAAAAUUGGUCCUCUUAAACUGGCAGCCCUGAAUGGACUCUCCCUCUCGCGCCUGCCUCUGCCUGAUGAAGGGGACCAGAUGCCUUCCCGGGCCACAAAUGACGAACGGUGUAGAAUCCUGGAGCAGCGGUUAGAACAGGGGAUGGUGUUCACAGAGUACGAGAGAAUUCUUAAAAAACGGCUAGUUGAUGGGGAGUGCGCCACGGCACGUCUCCCUGAAAACGCAGAAAGAAAUCGAUUCCAAGAUGUCCUUCCCUAUGAUGAUGCACGAGUGGAGUUAGUCCCAACUAAAGAGAACAAUACCGGCUAUAUCAACGCGUCUCAUAUUAAGGUCUCUGUCAGUGGAAUUGAAUGGGACUACAUUGCCACACAGGGACCAUUACAGAAUACCUGCCAGGAUUUCUGGCAGAUGGUAUGGGAACAGGGUGUUGCCAUUAUAGCAAUGGUGACGGCAGAGGAGGAAGGUGGCAGGGAGAAGAGCUUCCGGUAUUGGCCCCGACUGGGCUCCAGGCACAACACUGUCACCUAUGGGAGGUUUAAGAUCACCACGCGGUUCCGCACAGACUCCGGCUGCUAUGCCACCACCGGCCUCAAGAUGAAGCAUCUGCUCACGGGGCAGGAGAGGACAGUGUGGCAUCUGCAGUAUACAGACUGGCCUGAGCAUGGCUGUCCAGAGGACCUCAAGGGCUUUCUGUCGUAUCUUGAAGAGAUCCAGUCUGUUCGACGCCAUACGAACAGCACAAGCGAACCCAGAAGCCCCAGCCCUCCCUUGCUGGUCCACUGCAGUGCCGGCGUGGGAAGGACUGGCGUUGUCAUUCUGUCAGAGAUCAUGAUCGCUUGUCUGGAACACAAUGAGGUGCUGGACAUCCCCCGAGUCCUGGACAUGCUGCGGCAACAGCGGAUGAUGCUGGUGCAGACCCUCUGCCAGUACACCUUUGUCUACAGAGUUCUCAUUCAGUUCCUGAAAAGCUCCAGGCUCAUCUAA